CCUCAGAAGCUGAUAGAGCUGUGAUUUGGUCCUGUGGACUUUCAAUAAAGUCCCUUACUUGCCAGGUGCUGAUACAAACCAACUACGAAAAACCCUAAAUACAUUAUGUGUCCUGUAUCAUCAAGAGAUGUUCCACUUCUUGGGAAAGUCUCUGAUUUGGAUCAGCAGGUGUGGAUCCUUCAGGGUCAGUCCCUCGUGUCAGUUCCACGGAGUAAUAAUGUUGCAUCAGUCACCAUCACUAUUCUGACAUGCAAGUAUCCAGAGUCCCUUGAGAAAGGCAAAGGAACUCCCAUUUAUCUGGAAAUCCAAAAUCCAGAUAUGUGUCUGUGCUGUGAGAAAAUAGAAGGACAACCCACACUGCUGCUGAAGGAACAGAGGAUUUUGGAUCUGUACAACCAGCCUGAGCCUGUGAAGCCCUUCCUUUUCUACCACUCCCACACAGGGACAACCUCCACCUUUGAGUCUGUGGCCUUUCCUGACUGGUUCAUCGCCUCUUCCAAGAAAGACAAUCCUAUCUUCCUCACUGCAGACCUGGGAAAAUCAUACAACACAAACUUCAAUUUACAUAUGGAAGCUUGAAUUCAGACUGGAGAUGGUAGUUUGAUUCUUAAAAUUCAAAGUCCCAACUGUGUUUUCAUCAAUAUAAACUCAGGGCUAUUUCUGCACCAGGGCUGAGAGAAGACAGCAACUGCUAUCACCAUUUCAUGUUCUGGAUGAAGAAGCAAGGGGUUUGUGCCCAUGAAAAGCCAGAAUGUGAAAACAGAACAGGGAUGUGGUGGUGUGUGAUUCUCCUCUCUAGCCCACCGGGUACUAUGCAUGAGAAAUGCUGCACUGUGCUAUGGUGAAUGAAGCCGUGGGAGGCCAUGUGAAUAGUGACACCCUAAUUUUCAGGUCAUUUGUUUUGUGCAUAUAUGAAUCUUAUAAACUCAUUAUACCAAA